CUCUCCAGAGGACCCGCACCCGCAGCGACCACUCACCACCACCACCACCAUGUACAAAUUCCUGGUUCUCGCCACCGUCCUGGCUGUCGCCAACGCCGGCUACCUGGGAGGCUACGCCGCCCCCGCUGUGGCCUACGGCGCCGCCCCCGCCGUUGCCUACGGCGCCCCCGCCUACGCCGCCUACGGCGCCCACGCCGCCGCCCCCGCGGCCAUCACCUCCCAGCACUCCAACAUCCUGAGGAGCUACGGCAACCUGGGACAGGUGUCCACCUAUUCCAAGACCAUCGACACGCCCUACUCCAGCGUCAGCAAGUCUGACGUGCGCGUCAGCAACGACGCCGUCGCCCACGUGGCCGCCCCUGCUGUGUCCUACGCCGCCCCUGCCUACGCACGCGCCUACGCCGCCCCCGCCGCCUACGCCGCCCCUGCCUACGCGCGCGCCUACGCCGCCCCCGCCGCCUACGCCGCUCCCGCCGUUGCCGCCCACGGCCUGCUGGGAGUAGCCUACUCCGCCGCCCCCGCCGUCGCCCACCUGUCUUACAGCGCCCCUGCUCUGUCUUACGCCUGGUAGACAGCCUGUCACCAUACUACCAUCUCAUCUCUGACUGUAUUUAUUCUGUGCUUCAUGUAAAUAAAUCUUUCGAAUCGUAA